AAGUUCGGAUGUCGUUCAAGAGCUUGGGCAGAAGUACCAGCGAGUGAUGAGACAAUGCCGAAGGUAGCAGUGCGAUUCGAGCACACUGUUGAGCCAAGGAGAGACCUCCAUCCGCGCUCCUGGGGAAAGAACAAGCUACAAGGUGAAGUGCAUGACCUGGAAAUGGAACUGAACAUGAGUUCACUGAUUGGGCUUGCUGAUUUUAUUGAAGAUGAAAUUAUACCAGAAGCUGUUCCCAUGGAGUUUGGUGUGCAGAAUGUAAAAUUGCAAUUGAAUGAUGAUCGCCCGCCUUCUAGCAUAACUUCUCCCAGCCCUGUUCCAGUGAACUUAAAGAUAGUUGAUAUAUUGUUAAAAAAUGACAGCAACAGAGUUUUGACUGUGGAAUCAAGAAGUGAUAUUUCAGGAAUGAGCAAGAGUGUCAAUACUAACAUUGAAAAUGCUGUGUAUGAAAGUCAGAUCUGCAAGUUGAAACAAAGUAAUGAAGAACUCAAGGCUGAGAAUGUUGAGCUGAAACGUCGGAUGGCUGCAUUGGAAAAAAUUGCAGAAGAAAAUUGCUCAUUAAGACAAGCAGUGGAAGACUGUCAAAUUCUUCGAACUUGCUUGAUGACUGCUCAGGAUGAUGUAGCACGUUUGCUUGAAGAGAAACGCACACUCAUUGACAGGUUACGUGGAAUGCAGGAACAGCUUGAUCAGCCACCAAGAACCAAGAGAUAGCACAAGUGCUUUGAAUGCUGUGAAUAAAUGUGCCACUCGCAGCUUUUCAGUGAAGGCAGUAUCACUCGUAAUUUGUUAACAGUUUAGUUUCUUCUCCUUAAAAGAUUCAGCAGAUUAUAUUUUCCUGGAAAUUGACUGUUCCAUUGAUAAAAAAAAGUUAUUAAGUGCUAGUCAGUAUGUAUGCAGAGAAAUAGGUUGUGUUGUUUAUACAUGUGUGCAAGAUGGAGACAUGUUCAUGGAGAGUUAUACAGAUAUAUUUUUUUAACCAUCCGCAGGUGUUAUGUUCCACAGUUCCUUGUUACAUAUCUUUCCUUUUUCUUAAAUAACGUAUAGUACACACAUAUUGCAAUUUGUGAAACUAAUUUUACUUAAGUCCACUGUGCUUGAAUACAAUGAUAAAGUUGAUAUUUUGUGUACUUUUUUUUAAAAGAAGAUAUGCAUUUAUUUUUAUUUUUGGUCAGUAAUAACUUAUCACAAUUUUAACAUAUUUCUGUUACAAUGGUGCCUUUAUGCUUGCCUUUACUUUCCUCCUUAUUGUCAUUACUGGUUUUUUGCCAUUAGUAGUGAUAUAGUAAGGAAUUGUGUUCAUUAGUAGGAUUUAAGAAACAAUUAUGUAUUAAAAUAUUAACAAGAUGUGAAGUUUCCCAAAUGUGAUAUUAGUAGAAGCUGUGUGCUUCGUAAAGUUAUAAUUUGUUGAUUACAUUCAGUGUACAUAUCUAUUUUUGUCAAUUUCAUCAUUGAAAUUCAUUCAUUAUUGUUGUUCCAACGUGUGCAGACAUGAUAAUAUUUUAGUAUGUAGGUUGUGGUAUUAAGGUGCUCAUUCUAAUGUGCUCUGCAUUAUCAUGUCCCAAACAGCACAUGACUUUGUGCCAACAGUGCAAUAUCCCAUAAGUUGAACUGUUGAAGUUUCAUUCAGUUAGAAUGUAAACUGAAUGAAUUAGCUUUAUCAUAGUCCUCAUAUUUAUAAUCAUUGUGCUGUUUUUAGUAUCACUGUUAUGAAACAUUGCUAGACACACCUCCAUGACCUUAAAAAUCAUAAAUGAAAUGUACCUAAUUGUCUUGAAAGAGUAUGCAGCAUUUUAAACAAAAUGAAAGUAUGUUCAGGCAUGUUUUCUGACACUUUGUCUUCCUUCUGAUCUUUAUCCACCCUCCUUUUUUAUUUCCUUCAAUUUAUGUGAUGAUAUUGUUACCUAUAUUAUGUUGCUUACAUGUCUCACUCAUUAAAUUGUUUUGUAUUUUUGUUCAUCCUGUCCAGUUCUUUAACUACACCUCAGUAAUUUCAAUUUUCUCACUUCAUUUCUGCUUCAUUUUUAACAUUUAUUUUAUGCAAGACAGUAUUGGUACAUAUUUUUCAGUAAAUGUUUGAUUAUUAAAAGAUGUUUCUAGACCUGGUCUGGGUUUCAAUGCCAAAGAGUUGAAAAAGCAUUGUCGCGCUAUGUAAUGUUUUUGCCAAGUCUUCCACAUUCUUUCACUCUUCACUUAUAUAACAAAUGAGUCACUUCUUAUGUCCACAUUAUUACAAUAAAGAAUGUUUCCAAAUGGCAAAUGGCAAAUUGUAUCAUGUUAUGACUGUGUUAAAACUCUACAGCUGUGGAAAGUCCACAGCCCUUUACUUUUGUAGCUGCAUUACAUUUAUACCCCACAAGCUUCCAUAUGGUGCAUGUAGCGUGUGGCGGAGGGUACUUCAGGCACCACUACCCUUCCCUCCUCUUUUUCUUCUCUGUUACAUGUGGAAUCUUUCAUGGGAAGAAUAAUUGUCAGUAAGCCCAUAUGAGAUCAAAUUUUUCUGAUUUUACUGGCAGGCUCAUUUCGUGGUGUGUAUAUGAGGAUAGAUCAUAACUCAUGAAAUAAGAGGCACUGAGCAGCAGGCAGUUUAUUAUCCUAUUCUAAAUGUGUGUCUUCUGGGUAACAUGUCUUCUAUUUGAUGAAUAGUACCUUAUACUUAUGCACAUAAUUAUAUUCCACAACAGAGUUUACAUGGUGUUUUUAAUGGGUACUAAACAUACAGGGACUGAUUCUGCUUCCAGUUUGUAGCAGCGAUGUAAAAUACUAGGAUAAUUUCACCAUUCCUGUGUAAGAGGUUCCUCUUGUAGUGCUUUAAGAUGCUAAAGAAAAUUGUAAAAAGUAAGAAAAUUGAGGAUAAGUCUCAGAAUUGAGAAUAAAAAGCAGGGAGUCCACAAAGAAUUGUAAGUGACUUAUUUUCUUUAUUUUCUCCUGCACUUUCUUUUUUAUAUUCUGUUUUCAUUUAUUGCACCUUUUCUACCUUAUUUUACAAUGUCCUUAUAUUGGGCUAUUUUUGUAUCAGUAAAGUGCAGGUUGUGUCAAUUUUUUUUUUUUUCAUGUCUGCUCCAAACUCCAUUACAACUUGUAAUUUUGGUAAGCACAACUUCAUAUCAUCAGCAAUUUUGUCUGCUGACAGUGUGGUUCCAGCUUUUAAGUUUCGAUGUUUCUUUCAUGAAGACAAACCACAUAAUAAUGCAUGAGAAAAAUCUGUACGCAAUAAUCACUGUGCAACAUUUUCCAUAACUGACCAUAAUAGUGAAACAUUAUUUACAAGCCAAAAUUUGUGUAGUGUACGCAAAGUAUUUUGGUUAAUCACAAAUAAGGCAGAAGCUGUAUUUAUCUUUGAUAUUACAGAUCAGUUAGAAUAUGAGGAAAUAGUGUGGUACCCUUCUGUAACAAAAUUUUGAAUGGGAAACAGCAAUUCUAAAUAUUUUAUAUUUAUUGGUUGUCACAUAUUUGUGUAGACUUCAUUAAACAGACAUCUAAUUGCACAUCAUGCAGAAUUACGUUUUCAUUAAGAGUUUUCAUAAUAUUCUUAAUUUAUGAGA